AUGUCCUCUGUUCAUGAUGCCACCACCACGAUCUCCAUUGACAAGCUCGACGGCGACAACUACGCGACAUGGAGCUGCUACAUGCGUGGCGUGUUCCUGACCAAGUCGACGUGGCACGUGGUGAACCGGGAGACGUCGCCGACCUACGCGGACGAUCGCGCCAUGAACGACUACGUCAAGGCCAACAACAUCGCUUUCGGACUGAUGUUGCUGCACAUGGACGCGGACUACCAUCACAUCGUCGAUGACCGUGAAGAGGCGUGGGUCGCGUGGGCGCGUUUGAAGACGCUGUACGGCGGGUCGCAGAAGGCUGGACGCAUCUACUUGAAGCGCCAGCUGUUCAGCAUGGAGAUGGCGGAAGGCGGCAAUGUGAUGCAUCAUUGCAACGAAGUCCUCAACAUCAGCGCGAAGCUCAGCAGCAUCGGCGCCAAGAUGGAGGACGAGGACGUGGCGAUCUGCUUGUUGCGCAGCCUCCCCAAGAGCUACGAGAACGUCGUUCUCAACUUGGAGAUGAGCAGCGCGGAACUGCGAUCGCGAGACGUCGUGAGAGUGCUCACGAAUGAGCACAUCAAGAGGCAAGGUGACAAGACGACAUCGGUGAAGACUGAAGACGCGGCGAAGGCGUUCAGUGCCGAGCGUGAACCUCGCCAGUGUACAUACUGCGGAAAAUUGGGGCACACGGCGGAGCGGUGCUGGACCAAGCAGAAGGACGAAAAUCAAGGUGGAGCUCGACGCGGUGGCAACAAUGCUCGUGGACGCGGAGCCAACAACGUUCAUUUCGCUGGAGGCUGGACUUCGACGGGCAAGAAUAUGCCAGGGAUGUGGGCAGUCGACAGCGGUGCGACGCAUCACAUCUGCAACGACAAGGCCAAGUUUGCAAGCCUGAAUGAGCGAGAGGAAGGAGAACUAUCAUUGGCUGAUGGCAGCAAGGCUGCGAUCAAGGGUGUGGGAACCAUCAUGGAACGGGUGGUUCUGCCCAAUGGUGACGAACGCGACAUCGAGAUCAAGGACACACUGCUUGUACUGUUGAUAGGUGUAAAGCUUGACGACCGAAACUGGGAGUGA